GUCAUAUGAUCGUCAUUAACAGAAGACCUUUUCGUUAGUAGGCGUUGACUCUUCGAAAAAUUGGAUUCAAACGUUACAGACUCCGAAAAUAAUUUUAAAAAUCUUUAUUAAAAAGAAUCAACAACUUCUAAAGCUUCAAAAUGGCACUGAGCGAUGCGGAUGUACAAAAACAGAUUAAACAUAUGAUGGCCUUUAUUGAACAAGAGGCCAAUGAAAAGGCAGAGGAAAUAGAUGCUAAAGCGGAAGAAGAAUUUAAUAUCGAAAAAGGUCGCUUGGUUCAGCAGCAAAGGCUUAAAAUCAUGGAAUACUAUGAGAAGAAAGAGAAACAAGUUGAACUUCAAAAGAAAAUUCAAUCGUCAAAUAUGUUAAAUCAGGCUCGCUUAAAAGUCCUGAAGGUCAGAGAAGACCAUGUGCGCAAUGUACUUGAUGAAGCUAGAAUGAAAUUAGGAGAAGUAACACGAGAUUCUGUACAGUAUAGAGAAAUUUUGAAAUUAUUAAUUUUGCAAGGCUUGUGUCAGUUGACGGAAGGCCAAGCUACUGUUCGUGUUCGUCAAGUAGAUCUUCCUUUAGUAGAAGCCCUUGUUGAUUCCGUUCAAGAUACAUAUAAACAAUUAACUAAUAAGGAUAUCAUAAUUAAAAUCGAUCAAGACAAUUUCCUUCCUCCUAACAGUUGUGGCGGCGUUGACUUAUUUGCAGGAAGAGGACGCAUAAAAGUCAGCAACGCUUUGGAAACGAGAUUAGAAUUAAUAGCACAACUAUUAGUACCGAAAAUACGCGGAGCUCUCUUUGGAGGCAACCCCAAUCGCAAGUUCACCGAUUAAACAAAAAUUCCUUUCUCA